AUGCUUAGGCCCUCGUUUAGCGCUCGUCGUCACCCGCGCUCCCCCUCGCCACCCGCGCCCGCCCUCAUCACUCGCGCCCGCCCUCGUCACUCGCGCCUGCCCUCGUCACUCGCGUUAACCCUCGUCACUCGCGUUAGCCCUCGUCACUCGCGUUGGCCCUCGUCACUCGCUUGCCUGCGAUUCCGUGCUUCCCCUCGUCAUGCGUUUCCCUUCGUCGCGCGCGUUUCCGCUCGUCGCGCACGCGCCUUCUCGUCACGCGCUCUUCCGCUCGAUGCGCGCUCUCCUCCCCUUGUCACGCGCGUUUCCCCUCGUGACGCGCACUCCUUCCCUCGUCACCAGCUCAAUCAUUCAGUCGCAAUCUAUUGUUCUUUGCCUCACCUGCUUCCCCCCUCCCUCCUCCCUCCUCCCUGCUUCCCCCCUCCCUCCUCCCUCCUCCCUGCUUCCCCCCUCCCUGGGCCCUGCUUCCCCCCUCCCUGGGCCCUGCUUCCCCCCUCCAUCCCCCCUGCUUCGCCCCUACCUCCGCCCUGCUUUCCCCCUCUCUCCGCCCUGCUUCCCCCCUCCAUCCCCCCUGCUUCCCCCCUCCCUAGGCCCUGCUGCCCCCCUCCAUCCGCCCUCCUUCCCCCUCCCUCCGCCCUCCUUCCCCCCUCCUUCUGUCAUGCUCCCCUCAUCCCUCCGCCUUGCUUCCCCCCUCCCUCCGCCCUGCUUCCCCCCUCCCUCCACCCUGCUUCCCCCCUCCCUCCGCCCUGCUUCCCCCUCCCUAUACCCUGCUUCCCCCCUCCCUAUGCCCUGCUUCCCCCCUCCCUCCGCCCUGCUUCCCCCCCCCCUGCGCCCUGCUUCCCCCCUCCCUCCGCCCUGCUUCCCCCCUCCCUCCGCCCUGCUUCCCCCUCCCUCCACCCUGCUUCCCCCUCCCUCCGCCCUGCUUCCCCCUCCCUAUACCCUGCUUCCCCCCUCCCUAUGCCCUGCUUCCCCCCUCCCUCCGCCCUGCUUCCCCCCCCCCCUGCGCCUUGCUUCCCCCCUCCCUCCGCCCUGCUUCCCCCCUCCCUCCGCCCUGCUUCCCCCCUCCAUCCCCCCUGCUUCCCCCCUCCCUCCGCCCUGUUUCCCCCCGCCCUCAUAGAGCAACUCCCCCAUACGCCCUCGCUCCUUCCAGCCGCAGCAACUCCUUCCAUACUGAUCUCUGUUCACCCCCCAAUCUAUGCUCCUUUGCCUCACCUGCUUCCCCCCUCCCUCCUCCCUGCUUCCCCCCUCCAACCCCCCUGCUUCCCCCCUCCCUCCGCCCUGCUUCGUCCCUCCUUCGGCCAUGCUUCCCUGCUUCCCCCAUCCCGUUCCCUGCUUCCCCCCAUCCCCUUCCCCCCAUCCCCUUCCCCCAUCCCCUUCCCUGCUUUCCCCCAUAAUUUCCCUCUCCAUGCGUCCUUCCACUCCCUGCCCAGGUGUCCUUCCGCUCUCUCUCUCCUUCCUUCCGCACUCUCACUCUCCUUCCUCUCACUCUCUCUCUCACUCUCAGUCCUCUCGCACUCUCUCACUCGUCCUCUCGCACUCUCACUCACCUUCCCCCCACCCUCUGCCCUGUUCCCUACCUGCCCUCUCAAUCCCUGCCUUUCCCUCCCUGCCCUGCCCUUCCCUUCCCCAUCCCUUCUCAACCCUUUCCUUCUUUUUCAUGCCCUCCCCUUCCCCCUCACUCCUUUUCAUGUGCACCCAUCACUGUCACCCCAUACAUGCUUUCAUCAUGUGCCUCUGCUUGUUGUAUCCCCUUGCGGUUGUUCCCUUGCACCUCACACCACCUCCCCCGUGUUUCUUCACGAAAUUCUUUCUGCCUACACCACUCCCCUAAUUUUCAGUGGUGAAGCAAAGGAACAAGCCGAGGCGUAG